AUGACUGCCAUCGAAAGACAGAUCUACUACCUUUUCGUACGCGUGGCCCAAUCGUGUGCUCAUAGGGUGCACUCUCUACUACUAGCUUCAACUCUGGCUGUACCGCUAUCGUAUUUCCUCAACACUUCAGCGGAAAGUAUUGUGAACGGAUUCAGUCAAGAUCUGUUUGUUUCGGACAACGAUAUGACCAAGGCCAUCUUCAACGUAUCUUCCAACCUCGGUGUAGUUCUGGGAAGCGUGAUGCUGCUUUCGUUGGCUUCGCCUUGGUUCUUGCUCAUCCUACCCAUCUUGCUACUAGCACUUUGGCUGAUCAAGAGCUUCUACCCGCAGACCUCAGGCCAAGUUCGAAAGCUGGACUUGGAGUGCAAGAGUCCGCUGUACACGCUGUUUGGCGAAACAUUGAUGGGUCUUUACCAGGCUGAACGAGGUGCUGGUGUCACGCAGUCAAAGGGCAUUCUUCUUAAAUUUGUCGUUGAUGCGUUGGUUGACCUUGGUAUCUGGCUUGAUCGUAGCGGUGUCGGGCUAGCACAGCGCAGUGCACGAGAGGGAGGUUCAAGUCAGUCUACUGUGGGCUGGGUGGCGGUUGGGUUGACACAAUUGAUGAUCCUGACUGCGGCGAUCACUAUGCUUACCAAGGCGUGGACGCAACCCGAACUGUGCUUGGUCGCUAUCGAGCGUCUGCAACAGGUAGCAGCACUAGAGGCAGAGGCAGAUCCUCACAAAACGCAGUCGACAACAUCUGCAACUUCGUGCUUAGUUGGAGCCAACGUCGUCGCCCGAUGCAUCAGCGUCAAUCACAUUAAUCCUGACACGGGCAUCCCUACCAAAGUUCUACGUAACCUGUCUUUCCACUUGGCACCCAGUGAAAAGGUUGCUGUCGUCGGUCGAACUGGUAGUGGAAAAUUGUCGCUCAUCUCGGCGCUGUUACGAUUUACCCCUCUUUCCGCCGGCAACAUAUGGCUCGAUGGAGACGACGCAAGCUGGAUCGGCCUGGCUGGAUUGAGAAAGCGUGUCUUGGUGCUACCUCAACAGGCGGCGGUGGUUCCUAGCUGUACGUUACGUCAGAAUCUGUGUGUGCUUGUCGAUGAGGAUCGUAUGCAACUUGCAGACUCGGAUCUCUGGCAAGCUCUCAAACGCGUCUCGUUGGACGACCUGGCUCUCAAACUUGGCGGCUUGGAUAUACCUCUAGACCAGGUACAGAGUGGCGAGAUUCAACUCAGCAACGGUCAAAAGCAACUGCUUGCCCUUGCUAAGCUUAUACUCGCCUGUCAAGCUAUCCGCACAAACCACGACGGCAAAAAAGGCACGUUGUUGAUCUUGGACGAACCAAAAGCUUCCCUAGACGAAGCAGGCGAUGCACUGCUAGGUCAACUUUUGCACGAUGCCACCGCGUUUGGAGGGUUCACCACAUUGAUCGUUUCUCAUCGCUUCGGUCCUGUCUUGUAUUGCGACAACGUCUUACUUGUGCGCAAACAUGACCAUGCUGACGAUGAGAACAACGAGUCGUUCGGGUUUGGACCACCAAGUCAGCUGUUUGAGGACAAUGACCCGGCUUUUGGUGUUCUUGCUCAUGACGCCGGCAUUGUCGCUUGGAAAUAA